AUGCCGGAGCUUGAAGAGGAUGGCAAAGUUCGCGUCAUCGAUGACUUCAGUGCUUCAUCUGUCAACCAGAGCUUUGAGUCCCACUCGCAUUUGGUGCAGCAGGACACUGUGCUGCGUGGGGCUUGGUCUCCUGAGAUGCUGCAUUCACCUCCCUUGCUUGCUAAAACCAUCGACUUGAAGAAAGCUUACAAACAGGUCGCAGUCAAGCCUUCCUCGUGGAGGCAUGCAGUUCUUGGCUACCCGGACAAGAAAGAUGGUUGGACAUUCGCAGUCUCCCGAAGUCUUCCUUUUGGUGCAACGGCCAGUGUCUAUGCCUUCAACAAGUUGGCCCUGGCGCUGCUACACAUCAUGGUGGUCAAGUUCCACGCCAUGGCCACGGACUUUUAUGAUGAUUACACCGUCUUCGAGUUCAAGCCAGCUGCCUCUCUGUUGGAUAAGGAUGGCAAGAAGUUCGUUCCUUUUGCGUCGCAGGUCGUGACAUUGGGCGUUGUUCUGAAUCUUGAAGACAUCUGGAAGGGCCGAAUCACCGUUGCCAACAAGCCGGGGCGCGUCAACAAGAUUUGUUCGAUGCUAGCCCCCUUAGCGGAGGGCAAGCCGGCCACGAGGUCCCAGCUGGCUAGUCUUCAUGGGUUGCUGAACUUUGCAGGCGGCCACGUGUUGGGAUUCCAGCUCAAGCCUGCUGUCAGGAUGUUCUCGAAGGCCCUUGCCCGGGGCCGUACCUUUGGAGAUGAACUUCGAGCUGCCGCACUGCUUGCGCUGGAUGUCUUGAAAGCGGCUAGGCCGAGGACUUUGGUGGCCCGCGUGACGCCGCCAAUGAUCCUUUACACCGAUGGUGCAUAUGAGAGUGGAGUGGCGACUUGGGGAGCGAUACUCCUGGACCCGCUCUGCGGAGCUCGCUGGAUGUUUCAUGGUACGGUGGGCAGUGCUUUGUGCAACUAUUGGCGAGUGCAUGCUGGGGAGCCGAUAAUCUGUGAAGUGGAAGCCUUCGCGGUUGCGCUUGUUCUUUACGGCUUGAGGGGAGUGCUGCGAGGUCGUUGCAUCACUUCCUACAUCGAUAUCGAUGCUGCUCGAUAUGGCUUCAUUCGGCGCACGUCUCCAUCGCUGUGCAUGUCAAACAUCAUCUGCCUGGUGACUUUGCUUGAGGCCAUUCUUGAGACUUCGUUGUGGUACGAAAGAGUACCCUCGAAGUCCAACCCGUCGGACUUGCCAUCGCGAGGUGCUCUUGAGGAGGCUGUGAAGCGCUUCGGUGUCCUAGAUAAGGGCGAUGUGGCUGUAUCCGAACAUGUUCUAUCGAUGCUUGUCUCAAAGACUUACGAUCCCCGCUUGGCUGAUGCCGUUGCCAAGGCGGUGAGAUGUGAAGCAGAUUUGAUGGCAGAGCUUUGCCAAUGA